CACGUGCUUCUCGCGAUCCUACGGCACCCUGCGCGAUCGAGACCACCCACGCAACGGGUGCCCUCUGUCAUGUCCUCGUGACGAUGAUCAACGGGGACAUCCAAGAGAGACAGAAGGAGAGAGACAGAGAGACGGUUCUACCCGACGCAGCCCCGUUCUACUCCUGUCCAGCUUUGAGGAUGUCGAGGACAUCUCCGCUGUCAUCGUGACCACGUGUCAGUAUCAGCUUCGCGACGGCUUCAGGAUGCCGAGGAUUCGCGCGACUGCGCGAAUUGCCGAAUGGUCCUGUUGUUGAAGCGGAUUGAUGAGCGAAUCCCGAAGGAUUCGACCUGGGACAUUAUGAAGCCGAGGGUCCUGCUCGCCCUCGCCAACCUCAUCACCUCUUACGCUUCCUCUUCCUUUCCAACGGCCGCGGCUGCGAGAACUUCCGCGAGGCAGCGCACACAGAGCAACAAUCAUAGCAAUAUCAGCGAUCUGCUGGACAAUCUACUGCGCGGCUACGACAACAGCAUCAGGCCGGACUUCGGCGGGCCUCCGGCCACCGUCGAGGUCGAUAUCAUGGUACGCAGCAUGGGUCCCAUUUCCGAGGUGGAUAUGACGUAUUCGAUGGACUGUUACUUCCGGCAGUCGUGGGUCGACCGGCGCUUAGCGUUCCAAGGCGGUAAGGAAACUCUCGCACUGAGUAUCUCCAUGCUGGCAAGGAUUUGGAAGCCCGACACGUACUUCUACAACGGCAAGUACAGUUACUUGCAUACGAUUACCAGCCCGAAUAAGUUCGUCAGGCUGUACCAGGACGGCAGAGUACUUUACAGCUCAAGACUUACGAUCAAAGCGGGGUGCCCGAUGAAUCUCGAGGAUUUCCCAAUGGACACGCAAAGAUGCCCGUUGCAGUUCGGCAGUUUCGGCUACACGACACGCGACGUAAUCUACAAGUGGAACAGCGCGCGGCAGGUGGCUAUAGCGGAGGACAUGAAACUGUCGCAAUUUGAUCUGGUCGCCAAUCCCACCGCAAAUCACUCGUCCACGCCGGGUCUGUCGCAUGCGGAGUACUCGAUGCUCCUGGUGUACUUCCACUUGCAAAGGCACAUGGGUAACUUCCUAAUUCAGGUAUACGGUCCGUGCAUUCUGCUGGUCGUGCUCUCCUGGGUGUCCUUCUGGUUAAAUAGAGAAGCCACCGCCGAUAGAGUGUCCUUAGGUAUAACUACCGUGUUGACAAUGACAUUCUUGGGACUCGAGGCACGAACCGACCUGCCGAAAGUUCCUUAUCCCACUGCCCUGGACUUCUUCGUCUUUCUCUCGUUCGCAUUCAUAUUUGCCACUAUAAUACAGUUUGCGGUGGUGCACUAUUUCACCAAAUACGGCUCGGGCGAAUGUUACUUCAGCUCUGAUCUGAGUGGCGACAGCUCGAGUGAAGAAGAAGAGAUGGCUAGAAGAAAACCAGUGAAAAAUCAAGCGGCACGUCGAAAAAGCUCGGCGAGUUCUGGCGUGCGAGGACGCGGUGGUCGCGGCUUCACCAUGAACGGCGAUGGUAUGAUCGAGGUGAUACCACUCUCGGCGAUCUCAAUACCCGACAAGGACCCCGCGGUGGAUCACUGGCAAAUAUCCUGCGUAACCUGCAGCCCGCCGCCGCAACAGCCACCGCCGCCCAGGAGGACGACGUCGGUCGGAAGACGACGCCGCAGAACGCCCAGAUACAACUCCGUGUCGAAGAUCGACCGUGCCAGUCGCGUGGUGUUUCCCCUCUUCUUCCUGGCGAUCAAUCUCUUCUACUGGUACGCGUAUCUGUCGCGCAGCGAAAGGAUACAAUAUUACAAUUCUAACGCCGCGUGAUCCAGCCGCCGGCAAAAGCGCGAACAUGGAACGUCGCGCUUCUCGGUCGAAUUAGCGCGGCGCUUGGCAAUUAGCUAUCGAGGUAGUCGAGGACGCUAUUUUUGCCGGAGGAACAGGAAGGAGUUGAAAUUCUCACACCAAUUCCACGAUUAAGUAUCUAACUUCUGAUUCCUGUGAAACAAUCAGAUUUUCCGAGGAGAAGAAGGAACGAAUUUGGAAUAAGGCUUCUUAUACCUCGCCAGCCAUGUCGGAUUUGUGACGCGAAGGAAUGACAUGCUGACAAAAAUUACCAUUUCUGAAUAAAGAUAAAUAUAGCAUAUAGAUAAAAAGCAUUUAGAAUAAGAUUAAAGAUAUAAAGAUUGCUUGAGCGUAAAAUUGUCCGAAAGAUAUCCUUUUCCCUUGAUGAUCAAUAAAUAGUUGUAUAAUAAGUGAAAUAAUGAAAUAAUAAAUGCAAAAAGUUGUCGAUAAAAGUGAAAAUGUAACAUUUUUCUGAUAAAUCGUACUUAGUUUAUUUGUGGGAAUAUAAAAUAAUUUAAAAUAUUUGUGUUGCGUGUAUCGUUGGUCGAAUUUUAUUCAGUCCACUCUUCUAAGGAGCGGAAUAUGUGACAAAGAAAGGAUGUAUGUAUAUGAUAAAAACUUAUUUAUUAUCAAUAAACCAUACUUCAAUAUAAACCAUACAUCAAUAAAUCAUACUUUAACAGCCAUGUCGAAAAAAGAAGUCCAAACUGAGGAAAUUUCCUAUACUUUACGUAUAAAUUCUAUCAGACAAUAGUAAAGCACGACGACGUUAGUAUGGUUGGACUAAGUUUUAACAAUUCAAAUUUUCAGUAUAGAUUCCCGCAAGCUUUUCAUAUCAUACGUAAUUGUCAUUCACUUUUUAAUUUUUUAUUUCGUUUAAAUUUUUUUCAUUACAUUUUAAAAAAGAUAUCCUUUUCCCUUGAUGAUCAAUAAAUAGUUGUAUAAUAAGUGAAAUAACAAAAUGAGUCUGUUUUGUCUACACGCUUCAUUUCACUAUUUAUUAUACGAUUAUUUAUUAAUCGUCAGGGAAACUUUUCGGACAAUUUUACAAAUACGCUCAAAUAGUCUCAAGUAUUCUUUCGUCUAUAUUUAUCUUUAUUUAGAAAUGACACGCAAUUUUCGAUAGCAUGUCGUUUCUCACUUCUAACGUCACAAAUUCAACAUAGACGCGGCGAAAUACAAGAAACCUGAAAGUCGCAACUACGUUUUUUUUCGUGUCAAACAACGGGAUUGGAAGAAAUGCAAAGGAAAUUAUGAAAAAUUACGUGCUUAUUCGUAAUUAUCUAAUCAUGUCAAGAAAUGCUUGGACAUUUCGAAGAAACAAAUAGGGAAAAAGAAAUUAGGAGAGACACUACCGUAGUGUAAAAUAUAUCAUAAGAGCUAAGUAUGUUCCUGCCAAGCAAAAAAACGUAACUAAAGAUAUUGCGCGAAAAAAAAGAUUAUGACAUAAUAUGAUUUUAUUUACAUACCUUCUUCCUAUCUUUCUCUAAGGCUCUAUCUAAGAAAAAAAUAUUACCUCUGCUCAAAUACAGCUUAUCAAAUUAGCAAAAAUAAUUGUUUCCGUUAUCCAUAAUUAAAGACAGAAAGAGAAUAUCAAUUUUUUGUAAAAUUAUGUUAAUAGAAAGUCAAUAGUCAUAUAACUAGGAAAUAUGUAGUCCCAAAUUAAUAUCAGAAUUUUUAGAAUGCAAUGAAAAAAAUUUAAAUGAAAUAAAAAAUUAAAAAGUGAAUGACAAUUACGUAUGAUAUGAAAAGCUUGCGGGAAUCUAUACUGAAAAUUUGAAUUGUUAAAACUUAGUCCACCAUACUGACGUCGUCGUGCUUUACUUACUGUCUGAUAGAAUUACCCGCCUCUUCUUCAGGAAGCAGAUAUGGACUUCCUAUGACAUCUAGCGGGAGACAAAGUUACCAUAUAAUUAAAAACUUUAUGUUUAUUGUUAUCAACAAUGGAUCAGAAUGACCUUCGCCAAUUUAAGUUGGCAAAUGCAAAAAAGUUGUCGAUAGAAAUGAAAAUGUAACAAUUUU